ACGUUGGCGGCGGUGUUGGUGGAGUAUGGCGCCGUCGUGGACAUGUGCGGCGAUGGUGGGGGACCGAAUUCGCAGUGCAGAAUUUGUCAUUGAAGUUUGGUGAUUGUGGUCGUCGCUCGUUGUCGACGUUCGGCCGGUGUUUGCCGAAGACGAAGACGCACUCCGUAGGGAUCGUCACGCCGCACCGUGCCCGGACUGGAGUCCGCAAGCGCUAGGCCUAGCGCUCGUUUCUGUUUUUUUCUUCUUUUCGGCAAGUCUAGCGAGAGCUCCAGCAACGAACACCGAUCCGCACCAUGGGGCAGGCGGACUUUCUUCAGAGGCUGCGGGGAGGCGGGUGCCGGCGGCGGAGUGGGGCGCCUGUCUGAGGGAGGAUGGAGGAUGGCGACCCAAGAGGUCGCCACCCCGCGGAAGGUGCGGACAGCCGGCACCACCGCGAGUGCUCGCCGCGACCGCCAUGGGACCCCGGCAAGGGAUUUCCGGAGGAGAUGGGCUACACCUCCUCUGUCGGACAUGGUUCCAGCUGCGGAUCGGCCUCUACGGCGUCGGAGGGUAGCGGACGAGUGGCGGAGGGGUCCUCGACGGUGUCCGGCGGACCACUUCGUUGGGCGCAGGACCUGCGCAGCCUGCUGGUCGACCUGGAGGGCCUGCGCCUCUUCGAGCAGUUCCUCGAGCAGGAAGGGGCCGAGAAGCACGGACUGUACUUCUGGUUUGCCUGCAACGGCCUACGCUCCUGCCCCGAGCCAUCGGUUCAGUUACAGUACAUGAAGAGCAUCUACAAGCACUACAUCCGCAACAGCAUGGUAGAGGUGUCGCCCCCGCUCAAGGACAAGAUCACCGAGCAUGUGAAGCGAGCCGUCGUGGACGUCUCUCUCUUCAACCAGGCGCAGCGCGAGUUUGAGCAGUUCCUGCAGCGCUCGGCCUACCCCAAGUUCCUCCAGUCGGACCUCUACGUCGAGCACGUCGAGAAGUGCCACGCCCUCGCGACGGCCGCCUCCGAAGCGGCCUCGGCGGCAGCGGUGUCGGAGGGCACGCCAUCUCGGGGAGAGGACGGACAGAACUCUGGUGGUAGCAGCGAAGAGCUGAGUGCGGCAGCCGAAGGCCCCGGUGCGGCGGCGGCAGAUUCGGGUUCGGGCGAGGAGGACAGUUCACCGCCGCCGAUACUGCCUCCCUUGGGCCUCGAGAUCCUGCCGACAGUGAAGGAGGACGAAGAGCUUUCGACAGGAGCUUCGCCGGCACCGCUGACGCGGCGUAAUGUGCGCAAGCUGUACCGGUACGGCGAGCAGCUGCCUCGGCUCGUCACCCGCCUGGCUUCGGAGGCCACGUCAGCAGUCCGGCCCAAGUCAGGUGGAGCAGCCGGGGCUGCCUCGUCGUCGCUGGGUGUGCCGCACCCGUACCACGUGAACAACUCGUCCUUCGUCCCGCCCUCGGCACAAGACAGCGAGUUACACAGCCUCUCGUCCGGUGCCUACACGGACGACACCGGCACUGACGUGGACAGCGUGCCCCCGGCUGCUGCCCCGUGCUCCGCAUCCGCCGUCAAGGAGAGCCUCAUCCAGCGCGCCACGCACCGCAUGUCGAUCCGCAAGAAUGCCAACAUCAACCGGGACUCGCUGGGCGAGCACGUCCUCAUCCCACGCACGCAGAUGGAGCACCCAUACAGCCUGGCGGAGAAGAACCCGGAGAAGUUUGCCACCUCCAUCAUCGAGAAGCUGCAUGCGGUGAAGAAGCAGCUGGACUGCGGAGAACGGCUGGAGCGCUUCCACCGGGCGCAGGCCGAGGACUUCCCCGCGGCGCCGCCUCGGGGACCUCCCCUGUCCGGCGCUGGCGUGGCGGCGCCCUCUGCCUCAUCCGGCGGAGGCGCUCCGGUUCCGGGCUCCGGUGUACCCCUGGGACCUGCACCUGCCAACCCGGGCUUCUGUGAGCGUCUGCUGGGCAUCCCGGCAGAGGAGGUCAGCUCGCAGAGCAUCCUGGACGAGCACGUGUCGCGCGUCUUUGACUCUCCCCUCUCCCACACGCCUCCGCGGGCACCCUCACCACGGCACCGCUUCGGGCCAGCCGUGCCGUCGCCGUAUGCGGUCCUGGGUCACUGGCACAAGAAGGAACGGGACGCCUGCUCCAGUGACAGCGGUGCUGUUCGGGACUUUUCGCCCGACGACGACGCAGUCCACGGCAGCCGAAGGAGAGCCCAGGGAGGCUGUGUGGCAUCUGGCGGCAGUGCUGCUUCUAGGCGGACAUUUCGGAGUGGUCCACAACCGUCGGACAGCGGAGUGGACAGCGGCGCCAGUGCCGUGUGCGAACAGCUGCCAGUCAAUCAGGGGGCGACGGAGCGGGUGAACAACUGGAUUCUGAACCACAAGGUUCCCGGCUAUCCGCUGGGACCUCCGGAUCCGGAGAGGGACUCCUCGCGGAGCCACAAGAAGUCGACCACCUCGGGCACGUCGUCGCGUUCCAAGCAGAACUCCGUCAACACCGCCCGGAGCCGGUCGUGUGGGGUGGCUCCCGGCUGCGGCUCCGUCCCAGGCUCCGGCUGGGGAUCCCAGGAGUCCGGCGGCCUGCCAUUGACCCAGCAGCCGCCGGACACAAUGACGCAGCUCGUCGAGGCACGGCGGAGGCUGGAGGUGAACUACAGCGGAAGCCAGCAGAUGGCGAAAGCCAAGAAGUGGCCAAAGACAAUGGCACGAGCACCUCCUCCGGGCGUACAGCAAGGACUCGUCGGUGGGGCUGGUCCCCAGGCAGCACCAGGUGGGGGGUUGUGCCCUGCCCCCAUACAGGUUCAGGCCCCACCCUCUCCCUCCACCGAGAUGACUGUGAUUGGCUACUGUUACUCGGGGGAGACUGUGCCCUACCGAACAAAGCUCGCCGGCCGUGACAUCACACUACGUCAGUUCAAGUCUCUCAUUAGCAAGAAAGGAAACUAUAGGUACUUCUUCCGGCGCUCUUGCCAGGAGUUUGGAACUGACGUAGUGUCUGAAGAGAUCUCGGACGACAACGAAGUCCUGCCUCUCUGGGAGGGCAAGAUCUUCGCCAUGGUCGAGCCGAUCGACUGAACAAACAAAUAAAAAAAUAAUGGCCGGCCUCUGUCAUCCCAUCAUCUGCCUUCGCUCGUGCCUCACAUGCAGCCCACCAACUUUCUUCUCCCCGGUUCUUGAAGACAACACACCUCUGCCAACAGCAACGUGGGUGGUCCAGACGAUCUCAAGAGUGUUGUCCGACCGUGUUUUGCGCAAGUCAUGCCACCGCUGCCAAAUCUUGUUUUGUGUAAUGCGAGAGAGUCCUCCAGCGGUUUCCACUCUGCUCUCUGGCACUGUUGGAUCCACAUUGCAGGUAUCGACCCUCUUCUUUCUGACCUGUGGUGGUGGUGGUUGUUGUCGACGGCAACGAUGUGGUGCUGUUAUUGUGUCAAGGUCUUGUGUGUUUGCUCCCGACACUCCCGAGGUCACAGCUGGAGCACUUGACAUGAUGUCAACGAAGAACUAACUGCGUGCCCCCUCAUAGGAUUUGGGAGUCGACCUGGGGCGCACCGUGUGCAGUGUUUCGCGUUGGUGUCAUUGGAACAGCAACCGUCCUCAUUCAGUGCCAAGAAAGCCGUUGCAAGUUGCGAACGUCGCUUCCGCCGCGUCGCUGCCGUCAUGCGACGCCCAGUGCGAGAGGCGGCUGGUUGUUCAAAGAAGGAAGCUCCCCUUCCCUUUCUUUUUUUUCUUAACUUCAGUGUUUUUAUUAUUUUUAGAACUUUGUUAUUAUGGUGUUGCACAAACUGGCCAAAGUAGUGCCCUUCCCACCCAUUGAGUGCCUUGAACGCUUUAGUUUCCCACCGACAGCUCAUCUCCGAGCGAGUUACCUUAUUUUCUGACGAACAACGACUGGAUUGAGUGUUUGACAAACACCCUGUCCUCUUUAUUGAUGAGGUGUAACUUUUUUUUUUCUUGUGGUAUUUCGAAUGUAUGUUUUAUGUGAAUGUGUGUGUGUGUGUCAAGACAAGAUAGGAAGUCCGCAAAAUGGCCCGUUGGUUUUCAUGUCCACCUCAACCUACUACCGCCUUCACAGUUUGCCGUCGCAUCUGCCUUGCAAGAGAACAUAGUAAUAAAUGUUAACUGUAGGGAGCUUUGCUGCUCCAACUGUUCAGCUACAGUGGGAAUAGUGGUUAGACUUGUCUGAUCUUCUCGCAGGUGGCUUUAAACGUUCUUCUAUUAUCUUUUACCGCGUUCAGUUGCCCGAGUGCAGCAGUCCUGGUUUCAGGAUUGCGGAACUUAAGUACAACUGCUUGCAUGCGUCAUAAUCGUAGUUAAUUAUUGUAUUUAUAGCGUGGUGUUUGUUUAGGACAGUCUGAAAGCCAUUCGAAGAGUGAUUGGAAGACAAAAGCCUUGCAAAGUCCGUUUACUUGGCAUUAUGCCCUUGCUGGCUGAUGCAUCGUGCUUGCAGCUAGACGUACUCCUGUCAGUUUCCUCUAGUAAGAAGGGUUGCUGAUUGGGCGAGUUGGUCAUCCAUGAACAUAGCGUGUAAUAGCGCGGUACAUAAAAGAAAGGGACACGACGCUGACGUAGAGAUAGGUAGGCGCUACCCUUACAAAAAUGUAUGUAGACAGUCUAUAGACUGUCUAAAAAUGGGUGUAGACAGUCUAUAGACUGUCUAAAAAUGGGUGUAGACAGUCUAUAGACGGUCUAAAAAUGGGUGUAGACAGUCUAUAGACUGUCUAACUCUAUUUUUGUAAGGGUAACCUACCUAUCUCUACGUCUGCGUCGUGUUCCUUUCUUUUAUGUACCGCGCUAUUACACGCUAGGUUCCUCUAGUAAGGUUUUGUAAAAAAAAAACUGAGACAAGAAAGGGGAAUGAUAUAAGUAGCCAUAUUGGUACAAAUGGUGUGGUUAUUCAUGGGCUACUUUUACCUUGAUUCGACACCUGCGUGGCCAGAAAGAAAAGCAAAAUUAAAAUGGACAUUGCGGCAUUGCUAUUAAAGUCCCGGGCAUAUUAAAUAGCUAAAAUAGUUAUCGUUUCAGAGGGCUAGUUACAUUUUUACAUGUAAAACUGUGAAAAAACAUCACUUCAUCUAUGCAAACGUGGCAAGGCUGACUAGACAAAGGAACAAUGCAUUCAUCGCAUAUUUGAUGCAUGCAGUCUGACGAUGAAAUAUCCUUGAUUAGAUUACUGCAAGAUGCCGUAACUUGGAAUAGCUGGCAGCCCACGUGCACAUUGCCUAGUAAACCAGUGUUUUCUUCCAGUAACACCACCUCCGGAACCGUUGCGAUAUUUGGAGCAGUGGCUGGCAGAUAUAGUUACGACUUUCUGGUCAAGUUGGAUUAAUGGUGGUGGGCAUUGUGAGUGACCUUCAAAAUUGUAACUUAUGAUAACUGUAUUUGGCCUGCUGCAUGGUGUUCCCGAGUUGCAAAUUGGGCAGCUUUAAAAUGCAGUUAUUAAAAAAAAAAAAAGAUUUGACAUUUGAUGAGUUUGUGCGUCCUUGAUUAGUGUGGUAAUUAGCUUGGCGUAACUCUUACGACAAUUGUACCCUCCGCAAAGUCUUUUUCAUGCAAGCAUAUUCAUUACCUGAACAGCUUGCUUGCCUUUUUAUUUUUGGAAAAUGUGCACAUGCUAAGGAAAAAUGCGUAGGAUAUGUUGCGACUAUUAUUGCGCGACUGAAAUAUGCUGCUAGGGUUGCAAUUUUUAGUGUAAUCCCAAAUACUGUGGCAGCUGCGCUUUUGCUAUUGUAAUUCACCGACGACUAGUGUCGCAUGUACACCAUUUUAGGAUAUGGCGUUUCUAGGAGCGCAAACUGGCGGCUUGGUGGACGGGUGUUUCUGCGACGAACGGGACUGUGGACUGAAUGACGGAGUACGAAUUGCUGUGUUCUUUUCUAUUUAUACAUGAAAUCCAUGUUCCUCUCCCCGCGACCAUGUCGGUGAAACUUGGUCACGAAACUUUUUCGCGUCGGCGACGCGACUAAGCUAUGCCAAAUGAAAUAUCGUGCUUCCAGAGGACUUCACGAACUCUUUCUCAUUGCUUUAUCACUUACCACGGUUGUGCUUUUGCCGUCUGCCAUCGCGUGCCUGCUUGCGUGUGUGUUUGCGUUGCGCGUCUGUUGAAUGCGUUGGGUUAACCCGAAUCCGGUUGUGCGUUUUCUGAGUGUGUAUGUUGCUAACCAUAUGUUUUUUGUUAGUCGUAGGUGUGUUGAGCGCGAGUUUUGUUGUUUUUGCUCGGAGUGAUGUUGCCAAAACGAGGAAAAAAAAAAGUUUCAAAAGGAACUCGGAUUGCGCUGCUGUUAUGCUGCACUUCGAGGAUGCCGGAAGUAAAUGACGAAAAAAGGUUUGCAGGGUACUAACCGCGCAGGUUGCUUCUGGGACGUGCCAUUGCAUGAUCAUGUGCCUGUUUUUUUUUUUUUGUCGGCUAGUUGUUGCUUGUAACUGUCAUUGUCGGAGAGUUUGCGACAGCCGGCAAACACGUGUUGCCAUUACUGCAUUCACGCCGGUGUCGAGAGUUGCGCUGUUUGGAACGGCUUGAACUGAUGGUGCCAUCUUGCAGUGUUGUGUAAUAAGACUGAAGUUAGUUUUGAUGGGACAAGACGUGGGAUGAGCAGUAUGCAAAUAUUUCGGUCGUGACUCAAACUGUAUUGUUUGUGUGCUUUCCUCGCAUUUUAUAGCUGAGAUUCCAAAAGUGCAACCUUUCCGUUUCGUCACUCGCUUUUCCAGGUUUUUAAAGUUGCUUUUAUGAAAAUCUGCGCAGCACGUGGUACUGAUAUCGACCACUUAUCAACGUUCACAUCCUAAACUGUUCAAACGAGGACAGACUACAUUCUCUGUUGCUGCUUCUCGUCAAGUAUGUCGGUAAGAGUACAACGAAUUAACGUUCAGAAUUACCACCACGUUUUUAAUAUAAGUACCUCACGGAAUUCUUAUAUGGCUCAUUCUUGGCUCCGUUUCAUCGCAAAUUUAAAUACAACACUUGCACCAAUAGAACGGGUUACGAUUUUGCGCUUUUUUUAAACCACUUGAAUGCAUUUUUUGCAGUACGGCGCUGAUACAAGUGUUGUCUCGUUGGUAUGUAGGCUUUUUAAAUUGCGUUGCAGCUAUGACCAGAGUCAUGGCAGCGCGGUCGUCGUUGCCAAGCACUUUAGUGCCUUUUCGCGUGCUCUCUGCAAAGAUGUUUCAUAGCAAGAACAAAAAAUAAAAACAAAAAAAACUUGGACUGACAACAAAGCUAUGCAUCGCCCAUCCCAAGUCUCUGAAGAAGCUGUGAACCUUUUUUUUUUAAUUUUUUUUUAACUGCUCCUGUUAGCUGAAUAGGGACUUCUCAUUAGCACUUCAGACUUGGUCAAUAUGGCCAAGUGAGAGGCUUCAAAGCUUUAUCUUGUACAGUUCUUAAGAAAAAUAAGUGUCCUAUGCAGGGUUUUAGAAAAAAAAUAUUUUGUACUUGGCUUGCGAUGGCGUUACGCGUUUCAGACAACGUGCACAAUUGUGUGCUAAUGCGCAUGUGUGCGAAAACUUCUCGGAAGCGAUUUUGCAGAAAAUUGUUGCGGUUGCAGUGAUGCAUUUGUGGAGUUGUGCAAUUUUUUUGCGGUAGUGCUCCGCCAGAUGGGCUCAUCGUCGGCCUGAGUGGUGGCUUUUAGCGCGGCAACGCUGAGCGGCAGCGAACAACUUUUACGUUUUUUGCAUUUGAGUUGGUAAAUGAGCCGCCCAGUGCCUAACUUGCUCUGUACAAGCACUGCCUUUCCAGCGUGCUUCCGGAAAACUGUUUUUUUUUUCCUCAGGAUGCGAGGACGACGAUGGUGCGUCUCCGUCUUGUCACUUAUUGCGCAACUGCGACCGGAGGCCUUUUUUCUUGUAAAUAAAAGUUUCAACAUUACGGGUUUUC